AUGAAGCGAAGCCUCCACGAGCACACACAACUUCGCAUCUUCAUCAACGAUGACAACACGAUAUCCAUCGAUUGCAUGCAGGGGUGCUACUGCGUCGCAAAGGACGAGCUCCCGUACGUGUCAUCAUUGCACGCGCCGUCCACUUCUUCUCCGAGCGACGACGACACAUUGUCAGAGUCACCCAUCUCCACUGCCGACGACGACACAAGGUCCAAAGACUACACCAAGCGCGAGUCCAUGUUGUCCGUGCCCGUCGUCGCAUCGUCUCUGUGGGAGCGCGCUGCACGAGAGGACAAGUACGCCGUUGGCAAAGCGCUGUACGACAACGAACGCAUUCGCGAUUGUGUGCACCGCCAAGCCACCUUCAUCGAUGACAUGUGA